GGUCCAUAUCUCUUAUUAGAUAUAAACGACAAUUACUACAAACAAAAGGCCGGAACUAAAAGCAUUAACAUAUAUUGCAAGAUCGAUCAGUACUUUGAUCAUCUUUUGAGUCUUGAAACAUAAGAAUUCCGAUACCUUAUUGAAGAAGCCAUGCAGCGUUCACUAGCCUUGUCCAAGAGCUAUGUUCGUCCCUGGAAUCAAAUCCAAAAACUGCCACGCAGCUCACACGAGGUGUUCAUAAGCCACCGGGGGAUAGAUACGAGGAGAAACCUUGCCGGGUUACUUUACGACCACCUUUUCAGGCUGAGGCUCAGGCCUUUCCUCGACUGUCGAAACUUGAAACCUGGGGACAGGUUGUUUGAAAAGAUUGAUACUGCUGUUCGAGACUGUAAGGUUGGUGUUGCAGUGUUCUCGCCCAGGUAUUGUGAGUCCUAUUUUUGUCUCCGAGAACUGGCUCGUAUGAUGGAAUACAAGAAAAGAGUCAUUCCCAUCUUUUGUGACGUCAAACCGUCUCAGCUUCGAUUUGAGGACAAUGGAUCUCCCAUCCCUGAGAAGGAGAUUGAGGGAUUCAGAAUGGCACUCGAAGAAGCUAAAUAUACAGUUGGACUUACCUUUGAUACGUCAAAAGGGAAUUGGUCAGAGUUCCUAGAAAGUGCUUCAGAUGCAAUCAUAGAGAAUUUGAUCGAGGUAGACCGGGAAGGAUUGGAGAUCAUCAAGAGUCCUAAACAACGUGUGCUGAAGUGCAACUCACUUCUAAUAACAAAAUGA